CCGCCACUAUAAAAUGUUCCCGGCCACACAGCUGCACAAGUGCGCUGCUGAGCUGCGGUGAGGAGACUUGCUCCUCCCGGCUGCUCCUCCCACAGCCUAUCCGCGCGGGGCUGCUCCCAGCAAGGAGGACCAGACUAGAGGAAGGCACAGCACCCUCUCGGGCCCUCCACCAACAGCUCCAGCUGGAGGCAUCAACUCGAACCAAUUUAUCUGACUUCUGCCCAGACCCUGAAAUGCCAACUAUGUCAAGGCCUGCACUCGAUGUCAAGGGUGGUAGCAGCUCUGUGAAGGAGGAUGCCAACCAGGAGGUGAACUCUCUGGCCUACUCGAACCUUGGGGUGAAGGAUCGCAAAGCAGUGGCCAUCCUGCACUACCCCGCGGCCACUUCAAAUGGAGCCAAAACCAAUGGAACUCCCACUGGCUCCCCAGGAUCAGCAUCUCCAACAGGCUCACCUACCACCAGCAACCCUACCAAACCCCCAUCCUUCAAUCUGCACCCUGCCCCUCACCUGCUGGCAAGUAUGCAGCUGCAGAAGCUUAAUAGCCAGUAUCAUGGGGCAGCAGCGGCUGCUGCUGCCACUCCAGGCCAACCAGGGGAGGCAGAGCCCCCACAAAACUGGGGUUUGGGUGCCCAGGCAGGAGGAGCGGGAGCAUCGGGAUCAGCGUCUCCUCCUGCUGGUGCUCAGAGCCCUGCUAUCAUUGAUUCUGACCCAGUGGAUGAGGAGGUGCUGAUGUCGCUGGUGGUAGAACUGGGGCUAGACCGAGCCAAUGAGCUUCCUGAGCUGUGGCUGGGGCAGAAUGAGUUUGAUUUCACUGCAGAUUUUCCCUCUGGCUGCUGAUGCCAAGUGUCCCUAAAAAUCGAGGAGCAAAGCCACCAAUUCUGUUGUAAAUAAAAGUUACUUGCAAAGAGA